CGCACAUAGCCGACAGGUGGUCAGGUGAAGAGCUGUUUCCUCACAGAAGCAGUUUACUGAGCAUACUGUAGCAUCUUUUCCAUAGACAUCCAUUAAAAACAGCCUGUUGUCUCCUCGCAAGUGUACCGCCCAAAGAAUGUUUAGAGACCGCCGCGUUGUGCAUCGUUUUGCUUAACUUGUAGGCUCUCCUAGAUAGAAGGACUCUUAGAAAAGGGACGGCAGCGAGUAUCCAUGGUAACACGGUAACAAAAGCAAACGCGAAGCACAUUAUUUUCUGCACUCGUUCGGUGAAUUCCGUCUUCUUUUUCUUUCAAGAAUCUCUAAGGGUUUCUUUCACCUUUUGUUCGGUUGGUUAAUUUAUGGCUUUCUUUGGAAUCACAUAUUUGGGGUAUCAGAAUCCUAUUAGGGACAGGAUGUUACCAUCUGCUCAAAACAAACCAGUGGAUCGAGAUGUGUCAAGAAUGGAUGCAGUGCAUGGACUUCCACCCAUCAGCUCUCACAGAGGACGAACUUGCGCUGAUCUCUGCAGGUGUAAGUUCACAAUCAAUCCAACGAUCAGAACACACAGACUGCAACUCAACAAAGUGAGAUUUUGUCUCAUAGCAAUCAUAGCAGUUGCCGAUGUAAAGAUGUGUUGUGCUCCUAGAGAACUGUAUCGUGUACCUCUGACAGACAAUCAGCAGUAUGGUUGGUGGGUCUCCACUGGUGGCCCCCAAAACCAGGAGCCUUGGACUCAAAACCGUCGCUUCCCUCGCAAAAACAGCGAAAUGACAAAGUUUGUGGAUGAGAUGUCAAUGACCAAUCAAGACUUCAGCUUGUUUUGAUAUCUGAUCAGUAAUGUUCCACUGUCAUACACACAUGGAUACAUUUAUCCAUGAGAUAGAGGCCCAUGCCAACCUUCUGUGACCCCGACAAAUGCUCAGAAUGAUAAUGCAUGGGGUGAUGGGAUAUUAUGUCUGGUCAUAUUAAUCUCGGGCAUAACAGGAUUACUCUGAAAACAAUAGAUCUUAAUGUGAGCACAACAUUUAUCUACAGCAUAUAUCUAUGAUUGUGCCAUAUACUUUAGUUUUUAUUAUUUAUUGCAAUAAUUGGCCCCAUGUACGCUAAAUGUUUUUCUUAACAUAAAUGUAUUUAUGGUGGUCUGCAUUUAUUGAGUUUUGUAUUACGAACAAAUAAAUUAAUGCUAAACAUUUCUAACUGAACUUGACCACCAACAUUUAUGUUCUCAUUUCACCUGACACUUGAACAUUUCUCCCUGAGUUAAUAAAGAUUUUAGUA